AUGGAAAUGAACGAAGCCGUGGAGCAAUGUGAGUUGCCGUCUUUCCAGCCCAACAGCAUUGCAGGUGAUGAUCUGGGGCUUACACUAUCCCCUGGGUCUCAGUCGCAACUGCCAGAUCCAUGGCUCCAGGAUGAAAAUCCCCUUGACAUUGGUAUCGACAUCGACCUGGACUUUGACCCCUUCACGGACUUCGAUCAGCUGGUCUCUCAACUAGACGACCCGAACAAGCGUGCGCUCGACGAGCUAUUUGGAGACAACAACAAACAAUGCAUCUCAUCGGAGCCCUUUCAAAUAAAUGGUUCGAACAAGCGUGCACUUGAUGAGCUUUUUGAGGAUAACGGCGGCAACCACAACAAAGAAGAAUGCAGCUUCCAAGAACCAAAAAAACAAAAAUGGGGAGAGCAGCAGAUUUUGCCGGCCAGGGAGGAAGUGUUGAAUAUUACGUCGACGGCCAAAGCGUCGAUUUUGCCGCCUGUUGCCCUGAAUACAUGCGCCACAAGCUCCGCAAGCUCUGCUAUCCAGCAGAAGUUCGGCCUUGGUCAACAGAGUAUCGCGUAUCUUGCAGAUGUUGAGGCAAGGGCUUGCAGGCCAGACCCGAAGCACAUCUCACCAUAUGGCUGUGUUGGAUAUCAUCCGUCGGCACCAAAUCUCCACUCGAUGCGAAUUCUUCCUGAGCCCUCUAGCGAGACACUUCAAUACCGACUGCAAAAUUCCAGGCGCAGAAUCGACUGUCUCACGGCUGAGCGAAAUAGGUACCGUGAUGCCUUGCUCAAGUACACCAGCAUCGAUCCGAAGACUGGUAGGCUGGGAAUACAUGUUCAAGAGACCGAAAUGGCAACAUUACGUCGAGUCUGUACCACCCAGCAACAGAGAGCCGCAAAAUUCAAGGUUGAAAUCGAAGACUGGAGGGGGAAGUACUGGGGUUUGGCUCAAACGCAUAACUCACUAAUUCGGGACUAUCAACACUGUCUUUCCGGAGUGCCAGAGCAUCGAAACGCGCCGAAUGAGUGGGAGAGAAGAUACGCCCAAUUGAGCCAGGCGUACAACGAUCUAUUGAGCACGUGCAAUCAGUCAAGCCUUCAAGACUCUCAAUCUGGGCACCUGAGGCCCGCAGAGAAACAUUUGGAAUAUCCAGCGCGUGGCUUCGCCCUCUCGGGUUCAAAUAUCUCCUACCCUUCUCCUGCAAAUUCUUCCUCUUCCCCCAUUCAUAUCUCUUCCAACCCUUCGUUACCUUUGAUUCAUCCGGGACUUUCUCCGAGUCCUCUCGAAGACCACGAUGCUACUGCAAGCUCGCAUAUUCAGCUUCCAGCCGGGAUGAACGACGCUCCAAACAUCCCAACCCGCUCACGAUCUAUGUCUCUCAAAGAAGUCACGGUGAUAGAUUUGACCACUGAUGACCCUUGCACCUGA